AUACGGAAGUAAUAAAGAUAACUUUUUUUGUUUUUGUUUUUUCGGAAUCUAAAAGGUCUUAAAUUAAAUUUGCAUUGUGUGCUUGAAUACAUACCAAGGCUUUCCAUUACACUCCCUCACAGUCAUGCCGUUUUUUAAGCCGCAGACGAAAAGUCUCCCAGCGUCAGUGCUAAAGGACUUGAAAACGCAGAAGACUGGACUGCGCCACACAGUUUACAGUGUCUGUGGAAAUAAUUACACUGGAGAGUGGCUGGAGAACAAGAAGCAUGGUAAGGGAAUUCAAGUUUGGAAGAAAACUGGGGCCCUUUAUGAUGGAGAGUGGAAAUAUGGAAAACGUGACGGUUAUGGCACCUACAGCGUACAAGUCCCAGGAUCAAAGGAGUACACCAUGAAGUAUAGCGGCGAAUGGAAAAAUGGAAAGAAGCAUGGGUUUGGGAAAUACUUCUACAACAGCUCCACAAUCUAUGAAGGGGAGUGGAAUGAGGACCAACGCAGCGGCUUGGGAAGCAUGUACUAUGAAAAUGGAGACAUGUAUAAGGGAGAGUGGGUGAACGAUAAGGAACAUGGUCAAGGGAUCAUUCGAUUUUCCAAUGGAAACUGGUAUGAGGGCUCCUGGCGAGAUGGGAAGAAGAACGGUGAUGGAAAGUUCUACUACUCUGACAAGAGCCAGCUUUAUGUAGGCUAUUGGGUGGAUGGAGCAGCAAAAUAUGGGACUCUUGGAGAAUUUGGGACGGACAAAUCACCGCCUAAGUACCAAUUUCCGAAGCUUAACCUGUUGGACAUGGAGUUGGUUUUACGGGAAGCUAAAUCAGCAUACCAAGUGGAAGAACACCAAGAGGAAAAAAAAUAACGAGUUUCCAC